AUGGAUCAAUCGGCAAAGAAGAAGGCUCUCCGGAAAUUCUCCAAGGUUGUAAGGGAUGGAUCUAGAUCUCAAACCUUGCAUAUAGCUGAGCCUGCAGUAGACAAAGACGAGAAUGAGAUCAUGUUGGAAGAUUAUAUCAUGGCAAUGCGACAUCCAAGAAGAUUGGUUUUAGCUGGAUGCCUUGGGGCUCUCACUGUGAUGACUAUUAUCUCUGUAGUUUUUGGCUGGGCUGCACCAAACUUAUUAUCUCGGAAAUGGACUCAUGUUAUAACAACAGUUUUAUUCUUUGCAUUUGGAUUUUGGUCAUUAUGGGAAGGCAUCACAGAAGAAGGAGAGUCCGAAGAGUUGGCUGAGGUGGAAGCUAAGCUGUCCACCGAUUGGAAGGAAAAAUCACCUUCUAAGGAAGCAACAGUAAAAGGGCAUAAGGUUGAAGAUGAUAAGAAAAAACAGCGUAGACCAUUCUUCACUCAAUUCUUUUCACCAAUUCUCCUUGAGGCAUUUUCCCUGACAUUUUUUGGAGAGUGGGGUGAUAGGAGCCAGAUUGCUACUAUCGGACUGGCUGCAGAUAUAAAUCCAUUUGGUGUAGUUCUCGGGAGCAUUUUAGGGCAGGCUUUGUGUACUGUUGCAGCUGUGUUUGGUGGCAAGAGUUUAGCAUCUCGUAUAUCUGAAAAGAUGGUUGCAAUUUCUGCUGGAAUUUUGUUUGUUGUUUUUGGGAUUCAGUGUUUAAUGACGAAAGCUGAGAAUGCGUAAAGUAUCCACUCAUUUGCGAAUGCUGGCUAGGGUUUACUCUUUUUGGUCAUUUCGUCUGGUCAUAUCUGCCCUUAAAGAGUUUAUUUACCACUUAGAUUGCUGUAAUUAUUGCAAAGUACAUUUUUUGGAAAAAUAAACCCUUAUUUCUAUUAUUCUCUACUGGGCAACCCUUCUUCCUUUCAUAAAUUGCCACAUUGUUCGUGUAAUCCAGUUUUCGUUGGCGAUUAAGCACAUUGAAUAUGUUCAGCAUUUUCCCAUCAAGGGUUUU